GUUUACCAUCCUGGCGACACGUGCCAAGCAUGCGAAUGGUGGUUGUUAUGGCGAGGAAAUGUUUUCUGAAAUGCUCCCGCAACCUGCAUGCUCCUAUCCUCCUGGAGGACGGGAGGAACCACAUCGUAGGGAGGUCCAAGGAAACGAAAAUACGAGACAAGCGAUGCUCCAAGAGUCAGGUUGAACUUCUUGCAGACUAUAGUUCUUACACAGUCACUGUUAGACAACUUGGAGCCAACACAACAGGCGUGAAUGGGAAGCCACUUGAAUUUGGCAAUACUUCAGUUCUCAAACAUAACGACAUUUUAGAGAUUCUUUUAGGUGAACACCUGCACAGAAUAGAAUUUGAUCCCCCUCCAGACAGUACUGCACAAAAGGACCAAGCAUUGGAAGACAUGCCACGCAGAGCAGCAGCAGCAGCCAACAAACGCAGGGCUACAGACGAGGACGAUAAGUCAACCAUGUCGAAGAGAACUAAACCCAAUAAGUCAGAGGAGAGUGAAGGCUGGGAGGAGCAUUUCAAUGGAGAUUUACUGGUUUAUAAAAAGGAUAUGGAGGGCAGAGAAAAGAUAGCUGGAUAUGACAUGGAUAGCACUCUGAUUACAACCAAGUCAGGAAAAGUAUUUGCUCAAAAUUAUGAUGACUGGAUGAUUUUGUACUCAGAAAUUCCUGGGAAGCUUAAACAGCUGCAUAAGGAUGGAUACAAAAUUGUCAUAUUCACCAAUCAGGCUGGCAUUAGCAAAGGGAAGCAGACUGUUUCGGGAAUACAGAAUAAGAUUUGCAACAUCAUUCAAAGGUUGGGCGUCCCCAUUCAAGUCUUCGUGUCCACAGGCAAAGGGAAAUGGAGGAAGCCAUGCACUGGCAUGUGGGAGUUUCUGCAGGAGGAGGCCAAUGGAGGUGUGGCUGUCGACAUGAGCAAAAGUAUGUACAUAGGUGAUGCAGCAGGCAGGCCAGCUGAAGGCAAGAAGAAGAAAGACUUUUCCUCAAAUGACCGUCUCUUUGCCCUCAAUCUGGGCAUCAGCUUCUACACUCCUGAGGAGCAUUUUCUGGGUGUUAAAACUCAGAAGUUCAACAUGCCUGAAUUUGACCCACGAGCAGUUGACGACUCAUUGAAAUUAUUUGAUCCACCAACCACCAAAGUUCCAAAAUUCAAGACUGAGGUAGUGGUUCUAGUUGGGUUUCCUGGAGCAGGGAAAAGCUUCCUUGCAGAGAGCCAUUUUGCUCCCUUAGGCUAUGUUGUAGCUAACCGUGACACUGUGGGUACCUGGCAGAAGUGUGUGUCUAUUCUGGAGAAAUCUGUGCAGGAAGGAAAGCAUGUUCUGAUUGACAACACUAACCCUGAUGUUGAGUCUCGGAAGCGCUAUGUUACUGCUGCAAAGAAGAUGAACAUUCCAAUUCGCUGCUUCAUCCUCAAUGUGUCAAAAGAUCAUGCUAGGCAUAACAAUAAGUUCAGAGAAUUUUCGGGUGCUGACCACUCCAAAGUCAGCGACAUGAUUUUUCAUUCUUAUGGCUCCAAAUAUAAAGAACCAUCGACAGCUGAAGGUUUUGAAGACAUCGUGCGGGUAAAUUUUGUUCCCAAGUUUAGGACAAAAGAGGACGAGGAGUUCUACAAGAUGUUUUUAUUGGAAAAAUAACUACAAUUAUCCUGUCAUUGGAGAGAGCCAUUUGAUUGCUCUUGAGAGGAAUUCGUGUAUCAACACAUGGUCAGGCAUCUGCACUUGAUUCAAACUGGUGUAAACAAACAUGUGGCUCACAAAAUUGUAAAAAUUGUAAACACUGUUACAGUGUGUGUAAGUGUGUGAUAGGAAGACUGUAAACUAUUCAUUAAGUGAACACAUUGUGCUAUUCCAGUAUAAUGCACACUGUGGAAUUUUAAAUCUAACAAAGACCAAGUCACCUUAAAUAAAUAACAUAUUAAAAUAUGUGUACUUUAUGCCUCUUGAGCAAUACACCCCCUUAUGAUACCACUUGGUGAUACACUUAGUUUAUAUACGACUGAAAAAUGAAGGUGAUGGGGGAAGAAAAAAAAAAAAAAAAGCUAUAAAUGCAUUUCAGUGGAAGCCUGAUGAUUGGAGCAUGAGAUCAAAAGACAGGUUAAACAGGUAAAGUGACAAUUACCUGAUUAAUACCAACAAAUCACUUUGCAGUCUCCAUUUGAUACAUUUAAGGAAUGUCAGCUUCUUCCACCAUCAAAAAAAAAAGGUGGUUACAAAAAUGGACGUAUUAAAGGGGGUAAAAAUAUGAAACCAUCUUGUAAUUAUUCUGGCAAUUUGAACUUUCUUCAUCUGAGAAUCAACAUCUUGUUCAUACUCCCUAUGUCACAAGAAGGUGAAAGGAAUGAUUACCAUUUUGGAGGAAAACUGGCAAAGCCACUCGACUUUUGCAUUAGAACUUUUUACGCAACAAAUCUGGCCUGUGAUGAUUCUGGUGAAAAUACCAAGUUAGUGAUAACACAAAUGCUACUUGAUAUAGGAAAUAUCAACAUUCCACUCAAAAAAAUAAAGAGACUUUUAUGAAUCAUCAAAAACUUGUUUUGCUUCUUGCACUGCUACAUAUUAAUAUAUAAAUGCAACAGCUUAA